UCCAUUAAGGCUGAUAUCCUCUAAAAAUGAGUCAGUCGUACAACAGCAUCAAGCCGAAUGUUAUCGACGAUGAAAUGCUUCAGAAAGCGGUUGAAGAGCAAUGGCCAGAGGACAUAGGGAAAGUCACCAAAAGCGAAGGCAUUGACUUCAAAGAUGUGACGGAACUACAGCUCAGUUUUAGAGAUAUCCUGCAGAUUGAUAAUCUGUGGCAGUUUGAGAAUCUGACUAAACUGCAGCUGGACAACAACAUCAUUGAGAAGAUAGAAGCUCUGGAGAGUCUGGUUCACCUUGUUUGGCUCGACUUGUCCUUCAACAAUAUUGAAGUAAUUGAGGGCCUGGAUACCCUUGUCAAACUGCAGGACCUAAGCCUCUACAAUAACAGAAUCUCUAAAAUUGAGCAUAUGGACACGUUACAAGAGCUACAGAUCUUCUCCAUAGGAAAAAAUAACCUGACCGCUCUGGAAGAUGUGGUUUAUCUCAGGAGGUUUAAGAAGUUGCGCACGCUGAAUCUCACUGGGAACCCUUUCUGCGAAGAAGAGCAGUAUGUGCUGUUUGUUGUUGCUCACAUUCCAGAUCUGGUAUACUUGGACUUCAAACUCGUGAGUGACACCACACGAGAACUUGCUGUUUCAAAGUAUCGCUAUCUCAUCGACCCUCUGGAACAGGAGGAGGCCCAGGCCCUGGCUCAGCUGGAGGAGAAGCUGGCAAAGCAGAAGGAGCUGGAGUACCACAAGACAGCCUUUGUUGAGUACCUGAAUGGAUCAUUCCUGUUUGACAGUUUGUAUGCAGAGGAUACAGAAGCUGCCAAACUGGCUUACCUCCCUGGAGUGGAUGACCUGCUGCAGGCAUACAGGAAAGAUUUUGUUUCAGUUUGUGAGAACCUAUUUAAUUAUGGUCUGAAAGAGUAUGAAAAACGAGAAGCUGAAGUCUCUGAGUUCUACGAAGGCCUUCAUGAAGCGUUAACAGCCAACCAACAAGAAGGGAGGAAAAUAAUCCUAGAUUUUGAAAAUCGGAACAAAGAGAGGCUGGAUGAGAUUCAUCAUGCCACUAGUUACAAUAUUGCUGAGUCUAAACGAGCGGAGUACAACGAGGACAUACUUCAGCUGUCAGAGACACUCAUGACCUUGGAAAUGCAAACAGUUGACCAGCUGGAGGAACUAAUUAAGGAUUUUGAAAAAAACAUCGCUGUCAUAGCAUCAACAUUCAUUGAAAACGUUAAAGGGAUGAUGGCCCAGUGCCGGGACCUGGAAAACCGUCACCAUGAAAAGCUGCUAGAGAUCUCCAUCAACACACUGGAGAAAUCAGUCAAGAAUGAGCUUGACGAGGAUCUUCCAGAUGACGUUCGUGAGCUUCUCGUGGACAAAACCACCCUCGUCAACAUGGUCAACACGUCCCACAACGUCCACCUGCUGAAGAUCGAUAUGCGGGAGUGUGACAUCCUCAGCAACGCCUAUCGCUGGCAGGCUUCUGUGACGGGGAAGGCUUUCCAAAAUGAGAUCGACAGAAACCGCAACCGCGUCAAAGAGAUUUUCCAAUACAUCGACAAUCUCCAGGAGCAGCUGGAUAGCAUCGAGCUCCUGGAGCCGCCAGAGUAGGUCUGCCAGGGGCUGGACAGCUGCCUUUGGGUGCCCACAGGACAGCCCCCGCGGCACAGCACCCAGCAGGGACAGCUGCCCCUCCGUGCCUGAGUUGUCUAGGACAUUUCAGGCCAAAGGCGUGCUCCUUCCAUCCCGCCAUAAGCUGCAAAUAAAAGAUACUACUUGUCUGCAGAAAA